UGCUGGCUUGCUGAUAAGACUGGUUAUAUAAUGAAAAGAAAGAUAAAAGUGGUCCAGAUCUGUGUUACAUGUGCAAUAGGUGACAAGAGAGGUGGGUGGUUUACUCCUGCAUUCUUGACUUGUACUCACCUAUGUUGAGUGCAUGACGCACACAGGACUAGCAUUACAGCAGCACUGUGUUCAGUCACUGUCAAGAGAGAGUAGUCAGACAGCAGCUGGGGUUUGACAGGUAAUCAGCUAACAUGUCAGUGACACUGGGAGGCAACAUCGUGGUGACUGGUAGCAACAGAGGCAUUGGUUUGGAGCUGGUCAAGCAACUGGCAGAGAAGACCGGAGAGGACACUCACAUCUAUGCCUGCUGCAGAGAGCCUGAGGGACCCAGGGCUGAGGCCCUGAGAAACCUCAGUGCUCAAUAUCCUGGAAAGAUCACUAUAAUGAAAUUAGACACAAUGGAUGAGGACAGCAUCUCGACUGCUGCCCAGGCUGUGAGCAAGCAGAUCGGUGCUGGUGGGCUGAACCUCCUCAUCAACAACGCUGCCAUCACUAAACCAGCGUCACCCGCGUCGCUGUCUGCCACCCAGAAAAAAGACAUGAUGGAAGUGUACGAAACCAACGUGGUCGGACCCUUUCUGCUCGCAAAGAUGUUUCUCCCACUCCUCCAGAGAGCAGCAGAGCGGGGAUCACCUGGGGAUAAAAUGUCCUGCAGGAGGUCAGCCAUCAUCAAUGUCUCCACGCUCAUCUCAUCCAUGGAGAAAUGUGCAGAGACCUUCCAUAUAGCACAGAUGUACGCUUACAGGACCAGCAAGGCAGCGCUGAACAUGCUGACUUGCUGUCAAGCUGAGGACUUCAAGGCUCACAACAUACUGGUGACGGCCAUCCACCCCGGCUGGGUGCGCACUGACAUGGGAGGAGAACAGGCUCCUUUGACCACCCUGGAGAGCGCACUGGGCAUGCUCAGUGUGAUGUCAUCACUCAGCAAUAAAGAUAGCGGGAUGCUUUUAGACUGGGAGGGAAACACAAUCCCCUGGUAGCAGUCGCCACGACAACCACGAAAAAGCCAAGCAGACAGAUGAUUUUUGCAUACGCACAUAACAAAGACAGUUAUGUGCGUAUGCAACAAAGACAUCCUCCUGUGUCUGUCACAUGUAGCUUUUUAUCUAGAAGUUUCCUCUAAAUUCUCUGAUUGAACUCUAUGACUGGAAAAAUACUUUAAUAAAAGUAAUCACAUUUUGAAAUUAAUAUUUCAUGACAUCUGUAAUUCCAACAUGUCCGAGUAUAAUCAUUUCUUUUCAUGAGUUUUUGUAGCUGCAAAAUUAAAAUUCUAUGCUUUCAAUUGCACUAGUGGACAUUCAU